UCCUUCACGCAGUGUCACGAUUAGUUGACCGAAGUCGAAAGUUAAAGGCAGGGCGCUGGAGUAACUGUGAGCAUGUGAGAGAGGGACAAGAUGAACACAGCGCUGAAACACUGGAGGGAGGCGGCGACGGUGAUCCUGGCGGCCGGCCUGAGACGCGCUCAGAGCGCGGACCCUCUCAGAACAGGUCUGGAGAAAGUUUCUGACCAGGCGCACAGAUCCGUCUUUGAUUAUCAAGUGUUGCUUUUGAAACGGAGCGGCAGGAGCGGCUUCAUGCCCAAUGCCUAUGUGUUUCCCGGGGGGCUGGCAGACGCGUCCGACUUCUCCAGCGAGUGGCAGGAAGUCUUUCAGUCCUUCACGAAAGCGCCCAACUACGGCGUCGGGGUCGUGAGGCAGCCGGCCGAGGCCAGGCCGCCCAUUUUUGCCACAAACAGAGCGCGACUGGGAUCACCGAUCCCCGGAGACGUGGCUUUCAGGAUUUGUGCGGUGAGAGAGACGUUUGAGGAGUCCGGUGUGCUCCUGGCGGUCCCCAAACACGAGGAAAGCGGGAUUCGGGUGCGUACGGACGAUGCUCGGGACGGUGACCCCGAGCCAACCCUGACUACACUGAGCGGACCGUGGGACAGAGACGUGCUGUCAAAGUGGAGGUCUCUGGUUAUCGGGGACUCGGCCAAUUUUAUUAAGAUGUGCAAGGAGCUGCAGUGUCUGCCCAACAUCUGGGCUCUACACGAGUGGGGUAACUGGCUGACCCCCGUAGGCUUAUACGGCAAACAGAGGCGCUACGACACCGCCUUUUACAUCUGCUGUCUGCGCGACACGCCACACACGCUUCACGACGAGAAGGAAAUAGUUCAUUUUAAGUGGUCCAGUCCGUCUGAGGUGCUACACAGCUAUAAAUCAAAAGACAUCUGGAUCGCUCCUCCUCAGUACUAUGACCUUGGACGAAUGUGCCGGUUCCCAUCUCUCAGAGAUCUCCAUCGCUUUGCCUGGCAGAGGUCUUUGGAGGGUUGCGAACAGUGGCUGCCAAUUCACAUGGUGGCACCUGACUGCUUUGCAAGCAUUUUACCAGGGGACGCUCUUUACCCGGAAAAAGUAGACUCUACUGGAGAGAGCGGCGGUGUGGUGAAAACUGAGAGAAGUCUUGAAGAGCUCCAGCGGGACAGUGUAAACCUGCAUCGAAUCGUUGGUCGGGAUCCAUAUUCAAUAACUGUCCAAAUGAACAUCACACCCAAGUAUAGCCACCUGUCUCCUCUCAGUGGUACAGAUGUGGACAAGCUCUCCAAAAACUCUAGCAAACUCUGACACUUACCUGCCAAACAGGUGCAGGAUUGAUGGACGCUACCAUUUUCAUUUCUACUUGAGUUAAACUAUAACACGUGGCCUCCCUGACUUCUGUCAUAUACCUACCUUGUUGAUGUGACGACUGCUGCUUUUUUCGUUCAACUUUAAAAGUUCUCUUUUUUAAAGGCAUAAAACAAAAGUUUGUGAAGUUUGAACCGUCACAGUUCUUAACGAGGCAAUAAAGGCUAUGGCACUUUGAA